AUGAGCAACCUUAGUAAGUCGGCCAAUUGUGUCGACAUCAAAGCUUUCCUAUGGACCAGUCAAGGCGAUUUGACCUCGCUGCCCAGCACGAUGCUGAUCUUUCUCAUCCUUUACGUGCUGAUUAUAACGUAAGCUCAGUUUGAGAAGCCCGCUAAAGUAUUUUUUAUCUUAGCUAAGGUGCCUUAGAAAUGUUACACAGAUAAAAUUUUACCUCUUCUGUAAUGAAAAAUAAAAAAGAUGAUUUUUGAACCGUUGAAGGGAUUGGACCUUCAUUGUUUUUGGUGUUUAUUUUUCUUUGAAAUUUGAGAUUCCAACUACGCAAAAAGAAAGGAGUGGAUGUCUAGAGUCUAACAAAAAAACCCAUUCGUAACAGUAUUAUACCGACGAUAAAGUUAAAAUUAUCCGUUGAAAAUUAACGCACUAAUGGAUUAACUAAUUUUAGUCUUGGUGUCCUCGGAAACGGCCUUGUCAUCCUCAGCGUGAUUCGGCACAAAUCCCUGCAGUCGGUGCGGAAUCUGUUUAUCGUCAGUCUGAGUUGCUCGGACAUUGUAGCGUCGUUGGUUUCGGGUUCCGUGACGCCAAUCUCCGCAUUCACCAAGAUUUGGCUCUUCGGCGAGACACUAUGCAAAUUUGUACCUCUUAUUCAGGUCGGUUGCUGGCUUUCGUUGCAUAAACUCCGUAAAAAUGCCUAUUGUUUUCGCUGUGACUGACCUCUCGUUUUCAGGGAUCCAGCCUGUGCUUCAGCACGUUGACGCUAACGGCGAUAUCAAUUGAUCGUUUUAUUUUGAUCAUCUACCCCACGAAGCGGUCGAUUCAAACAAAACACGCGUUGCGGAUGAUCGCGUUGAACUGUCUGAUCGCUACGAGCAUAUCAUUGCCAAUGGUUUUCAAACAAAAAUUGGUCGACUACGGCGACUUUUGUGGGCAAUUUUGCACGGAAGAUUGGAAGGAGGAUACAUUUGCGAGAAGCGCUUAUGGUACGUUGAAGAUUUGAUCUAACAAAAAAUGACAUACACCAAGUGCGACGCUAAGAUUUUUUAAAGAUUUUUUACCCACUUCGGGCAUGUGCUGCGUAUCAAUUCCUCAAAAUUUUAGCUUGCCCUUUGCAUAGGCAGCCGAGAUUUUCAAUGAUCUUUGUGGCCGAUAGAGUACGCGGAAUGCAGCAGUCACAGAGAAAAAACUUUUUGGUCAUAUCAUUGCCAGUUCUGUCCGGAAAAAAAAUUUUUGUGGAAACAUUACUCCCUACGGUAGGGCUUUCAUACCAAAAUUUGCAGAAAAAUUAUCACAUUUUUGCCAACUUUCGACUUGAAAAUCUAGAAAAGCACGCGUUAGGAACUCCGCAGAUGUCUUAAAAACAAGUAAUCUAAAUUUACGCCAAAGCUCCCUCAAAAUCUGAGCGUCGAACUUUCAGUACUUUCCCUGUAAGCUGCCCUAUGUUGGUUGGUUUUGCAUAAACUUUAGUCCAAUCUUUCCAGGCACGAUGGUGUUUAUUCUCCAAUUCGUGGUUCCCUUUGUGAUUAUCACAUUUUGUUACAUGAUGAUCUCGAUCCGCCUUGGCCAAGGAAUUCUGGUGAAAGACCGCAACACCGACCAACAACAACUCACUCAACAGCAAUCCGAACAACGGAAAACCGCAUUGAAGCGACGACUGCGCACAAAUCGAAUGCUAAUCGCCAUGGUGGCCGUAUUUCUGCUUUGCUGGACACCGGCGGUGUUGUUCAACUUCCUGCGCGACUACCAAUGGCUUCCCAAUGUUGUGGCCCGACAGGAGUACUUAUUCGGCGUCAUCACGCAUUGCAUUUCGAUGUCAUCCACGGUAUGGAACCCAAUCCUGUACACAAUGCUCAAUGAGCAAUUUCGGCUGGCUUUUGCCGAGUUUUUCAAGCUCUGCCGCCCGCGCAAGCCCCGAGGACUGCGCUACAAGUCCGCGAACGGGUCGAACGAAUCGAGAACCAUCAACACGAAACUGAAGAGUGCCCGAUUUUCAAAUACACCCACAAUCAAUGGAUUCUUAUUCGAUUUCAAAGGCAAAAGACCGCAAUUGGUGAGAGUGGACGGGGAUGGCGGAGAGGAGGAGGACAAAAGGAGUCCAGUCCAGGUCCGAGGCUCGGCCGAAUGGAGUCCAGUGGGUCAAGAGGAGCCGAUCCAGCUGGAAGAAGGGGACAGUCAGAUCUGA